AUGUUUGGCAGCUCCCUCCCCUGCCGGGUGACAAGCGGAGUGCGGCGGGCAGAGGAGGGAGCUCCUUCGGCCACACGGUGGCGCGCGCGCCUCGCAAGGCCAGGGCUGCCACAGCUCCGCACCUCCCUGCCUGUCCAGCCCCACCCGCGCCCCGUAGCUGGAGCAGCCGCGCCCCCAGCCCUCCCAGGCGGGACAGCCGGGAGUACGCCUCGAGGGCGCGGGUCUAGGGGCAGCCGUGUCCCGCCGGCGCUGGAGGUGCUGCCGGCUGCGGGCGGCCCGGGCUCCAGGCUCCUCCUCCCGCCAGCCCCCCACCCUCCGCCCCUCCGCGGCUCGGCUGUGCAAACUGAAGGCUUCCCGGAGCAGCCUGGCAGCGGCGGCGGGCGCAGCGCAGGCCGCCUUCGGGCAGCCGCGGCGGCAUCGCUAGAACAGCCCAGGGGCGCCGCAGAGCCUGGCGCGCCCUACUCCGCUGGGAGAGGAGAGAAGCCGGGGGCUGCGGCUGGGCGAGGGGGAGGAAAGUGCGAAGAGCUGAUCCGCUGCCUGCGGCGCGCCGAGGCCGAGAAGGUGAGCGCGAUGCUGGACCACAGCAACCUCAUCCGCGAGGUGAACCGCCGCCUGCAGCUGCACUUGGGCGAGAUCCGCGGGCUCAAGGAUAUCAACCAGAAACUCCAGGAGGACAACCAGGAACUGAGAGACCUCUGCUGUUUCCUGGAUGAUGACCGGCAGAAAGGCAAAAGGGUGUCCCGGGAGUGGCAGAGACUAGGCCGCUACACGGCCGGGGUGAUGCACAAGGAAGUGGCCUUAUACCUGCAGAAGCUGAAGGAGCUGGAGGUGAAGCAGGAGGAGGUGGUGAAGGAGAACAUGGAGCUCAAGGAGCUCUGCGUGCUGCUGGAUGAGGAGAAGGGCGCAGGCUGCGCCGGCAGCCGCUGCUCCAUCGACAGCCAGGCCAGCCUGUGCCAGCUUGCUGCCACCACUGCGCCCUACGUGCGGGAUGUGGGCGAUGGCAGCAGCACGUCCAGCACGGGCAGCACAGACAGUCCCGACCACCACAAGCACCAUGCGAGCAGCAGUAGCCCCGAGCACCUGCAGAAGCCCCGAAGCGAGGGCAGCCCGGAGCACGCCAAGCACAGGAGCACCAGCCCCGAGCAUCUCCAGAAACCCAGGCCCUCUGGGACUCCAGAUCACCCCAAAGCACUCAAAGGAUCUAGCCCAGAGCACCACAAACCCUUGUGCAAGGGCAGCCCCGAACAGCAAAGGCACCCGCACCCAGGGAGCAGCCCAGAAACGCUUCCUAAGCACGUGCUGAGUGGGAGCCCUGAACACUUCCAGAAGCACCGGUCAGGGAGCAGCCCUGAACAUGCCAGGCACAGUGGAGGGAGCCCGGAGCAUCUUCAGAAACAUGCUCUCGGCGGGAGCCUGGAGCACCUCCCCAGAGCCAGGGGCACCAGCCCUGAGCACCUCAAACAGCAUUACGGGGGAAGCCCUGAUCACAAGCACGGAGGAGGCGGUGGAGGCGGGGGAGGCAGCGGGGGAGGCAGCAGAGAGGGCACCCUCAGAAGGCAGGCGCAAGAGGACGCGUCACCCCAUCACCGCAACGUCUACAGUGGCAUAAACGAAUCAACCUUGUCCUAUGUUAGGCAGCUGGAGGCAAGAGUAAGACAGCUGGAGGAAGAAAAUCGCAUGCUGCCCCAGGCUACCCAGAAUAGAAGGCAACCUCCAACUAGAAACAGCUCAAAUAUGGAGAAAGGCUGGGGGCCCAGAGCCCAGCGGGUGUUGCAGUGGUGGCAAGGGUGCCGAGGAAUAGGACGAUGCCUGCCCACUCUCCCGGGCUCUUUUAGGUUGUCAUCAGGGGCUGAUGGGAGUAACAGUUCCCCCACCUCUCCAGCUAGCUUCAGUGGACACACCACACCUGCUCAGCAGCCUGAACCUGUGGUACAUUCUCUGAAGGUCUUGGAUGUUCAGGAAACUAUAGAUCGUCCACAGGGUAAAGAGUAUGAACAUGACCUUAGUGAGACAGAAAAAGCUAUAGUCAGAGAAAUGUGCAAUGUUGUGUGGAAGAAACUUGGAGAUGCUGCAGGUUCAUGUCCUGGAAUUAGGCAACAUUUGUCAGGAAACCAGUACAAAGGACCAAUGUGAGAAUCCUUGUUUUGUAAACAUGAGAUCACCACUGCCAGAAAGAGAUAAAAACAUAAAAAAAAAAAAAGAAAGAAAGAAAGAAAAGAAGAAGAAGAAAAAGAAAGAGUGUGUAUCUGCAAACCUGGACUUAUGAAAUAAUAAGGAGUGAUUGAUUGUACAUUGCACAUAUCUCCCCUCUAAAACGUCCGUACAACUCCCCUCCUCAAGCUAAUACUCUGUGUCUCUCACUUCAGUAUCUAUAAGAGUUGAUCUCUAACAAAGUAGCUUUGAAAAUCACCAUUUUGGUACCAGUGUUUUCAUUAGAAUUAGAAUAUUUUUACCUCCCCAGAGCUAAUGUUGUUAUUGGGAAAUCUGCACAGAUGAGACAGAGUUGACUGUUGCAUAGAUCAGCAGGUGUUUUCUACCAUGUUGUACUGAAGCUACAACAAGGUGUUUUCUGGCUUCUCGAGUCUGAGAGUUGGACACCGACCUCUUAACACUUCAGUCAACAGAAUACUAGGUUGUGACACACAUUUAAUUUGUAUGCAAGAUAAGAUUACAUUUCCGGGGUUUUGUUUUGAUGGUUGAGGUGCUAAAAAUACCACGUAAAUUCUCCCUACCAGCUAGAAGGAUAGUAAGACUUUGUAGAGUAUGUGUGUCAGACAGUACCAUU